AUGAUCGACGACAGGCCGUGCCUUUCUAUUUCCUCGGCUUUCCGUCAACGGCAAAUCAAAUCCUUUCAACAUGCUAUUCAUGGGAGGGUUUUCCUUCGCAAAGGCGAUACGCCGAGAUUUGCGGCUGAUCUUUUUGUUGAGCUCUCUAUCCUCUGGAAAACGUCGUCUCCAUGGCAGGUCAUCCCUCUAGGCAAGGGAUAUUUCACUUUGAAGUUCUCGUCAUCUGAGGAUUAUGCUUUGGCUUUUGCAAAAUCCGCUUGGCGUCUUCGUGUGGGGAUCCUUUUUCUUCAGGCAUGGACUCCCAACUUCAAUCCGAACAAGAUUGUUUCUUCUACUGCUCAGGUUUGGGUCCGUAUCUUUAAUCUCCCGCAUGAGUUUUGGCAUCCUGAAGUUCUCUCUGGUAUAGCUAGGCAUGUUGGCACUCCUAUUCUCGUUGAUGGCAUGUCUGCUCGGGCUUCAGUUGGUUAUUUUGCUAGGGUGUUAGUUGAGAUGAAUGUGGCCCUGGAAAUUCCUGAGUUUAUUGAUGUUAAAUGUGAUGAUGAUAUUUAUGAAAUUGAGUUUGGAUAUGAGAAUUCGCCAUACUUCUGUAGUCUUUGUUCUGCGAUUGGCCAUGCCACUGAUGACUGCAGGAAAUCGGGCAUUGAGCCUGCCUCUCCGACUAAACAGAAAGUACAGGAUAUUAGUUUGCGGGGCAGGAAGCAUAGAAAUAGAUCUCGACACUGGAAGAAAAUUAGGAGCCAUUCUCGACAGCACGCGGCGCCUUGUGCUGCUAAGCUGGAUAAUCAUGAGGAGUCUUCGCCCAGAUGUGAUGUUACUGUUGGGAAGACUUCUGUGGAAAACAGAAAUCGGUUUGAGGUGCUGGAGGGUAUGGAGUUAGAGAAUGAAGACAAUAUGGAGUCCUUAAUGAAACCGGUUCAGAAUAGGCCCUUGGAAGCUGUCGCUCAAACCUGCAAGGAGGACACGGUUGUUUUGGAGGAUUCUGACAGAUCCGUGGAUGAGGAGAUCAUUGCUGACGAUCGCGAGGCCGCUAGCUCGGUAAAGCGACCAUAG